UGGGAAGCCAAGGAAGGAGAACGAAACGCAGAGGCAGUUCCACGUUGUGGCACGCUGGGUCCCGCCAUUUCUUCCUCCUCCUCUUCUUUCACAACCCCAUGCCUACUAUCGCCGAAGGACACACAACUUGGCGGGGAGGCCAUGGAAGCAACUAGUUCGAAUUCCUUCGACUGCCUACGGGGUUUCGCCCCCAUUACGAAUUACAUAAGUAUUCUGCGUUCUGCUUCUAUUAACCCUUCUUCUUCUUCUAUCCAUGGCGCUUACCACCAAAGCCCUCUUCAAUAUUGGCGUUGUAGUGGGUCGAGCGGACAUUCUUCAGAAAUUCAACAAGCUGAGAGCUUUACCUCUCUUCUCAAGAUCACAAAGUAUUCUGAAACUUAUCGAGACGAGGGUUCCAAGCAAACGUUUGUCAACUGUGCAUCCUUGAUUCAAAAUCUGCGGAAGGAAGGGAUGCCUCAUCUCGCCCAUGAGGUUUUUCUUGAGAUGAAAAGUGAAGGGUUUCUACCCGACAGCUCGACUCUUUGUGCUCUAAUGCUCUGUUAUGCCGAUAAUGGUCUCUUCCCUCAUGCUCAAGCAAUAUGGGAUGAGAUGUUAAACAGUUCCUUUACGCCCACCAUAGAUGUAGUUUCCGACUUAAUGCUUGCUUAUGGGAAGAAGGGAUUGUACGAGGAGGUAGCCAAGAUUGUCGAUCAGCUGAGUUUAAGACAUACCGAAAUGCUACCAAAGGUAUACCCUUUGGCUAUUUCUUGCUAUGGGCAGGGAGGACAGCUCGAGUUGAUGGAAAGCACUGUGAACCAGAUGGUUUCAAAGGGCUUUAAACUUGGAUCCUCCGUCGCAAAUGCCUUCCUUAGAUAUUACAGCAUUCAUGGGUCUUUAACCGAAAUGGAGGCUGCAUACCAUCGUGUUAAAAGGUCCAGGGUUCUCAUAGAGGAGGAAGGCAUCAGGGCAAUGUCGUCUGCAUACAUGAGGCAGAGGAAGUUUUACCAGCUUGGUGAGUUUGUGAGGGAUGUCGGUCUUCGUAGGAGAAAUGUGGGGAACCUCUUGUGGAACCUUCUGCUGGUAUCUUAUGCAGCAAAUUUCAAGAUGAAGAGCUUGCAGAGGGAAUUUGUCAGCAUGCUGGAUUCCGGGUUUCAUCCCGAUCUCACGACAUUCAACAUCCGAGCUAUGGCGUUUUCGAAGAUGUCACUGUUGUGGGAUCUUCAUCUGAGUCUUGAACAUAUGAGACACUGUAAAGUCGAUCCUGAUCUGGUGACUAUUGGAUGUGUGGUCGACGCUUACUUGGACAAGAGAUUGGGCAGGAACUUGGAGUUUGCGUUCAGGAAAUCGAAUUUGGAUGAAUCGCCGGUAGUGCUCACCGAUCCGUUCCUGUUUGAGGUAUUGGGGAAAGGAGACUUCCAUGCUAGCUCCGAGGCAUUUAUGGAGUUCAGGAAGCAGAGGAAUUGGAGUUACAAGGAUCUUCUAGCAAUUUAUGUUAGGAAACAACAUCGAAGUAACCAGAUCUUCUGGAACUACUAACUAGCAGAUUGCUGGGAACAUGAGAAAGUUGAUGUAGAGAAGAGGAAAGCCCAUUUUGAUGGUAGCAAUUACUGGUGAGUCUUUUUGCUGAUACACUACUAGUACUACAAGGAUACAAGCAGAGGAUUCCUUUUUCUACUCCGGUCAAUCUCACGAUUUAUCUUGUGUAAUGGUUGUGUUAUAUGAACAGAGGAUGAUGCCAUGGCGGGGCUUGCCUUAUUUAGUGAAGCAAUGGAUGAAUUGGUUGCCUAAGAUGAUAGUCAAAAACUUAGUAAGGGGCUGGCUCUGUGCUUCGAUCGACAUUCAGAUUAUUGGAGAAGCUGCAAUCCUUGAUUUGACCGUGAUGAUACCUUUUUUUGCCACUUACCCGUUGCUAUUGGUAAACCAUGUUCAAUCCGUUGGAGGCUAAGAAAGGCAGAGGAUUUGCUUGGUGUCAAUUCGUAUUCACCUUUUUUCGCUUAGGAAACUUUAGGCCCUGUUUACUUUCAUUUCUGUUUCCUGUUUU